GACCAGUGCAAACGCUGCCCGUGAUUGGACGAGACGCAUUGUUGCAAGUUCGGGAGGCAAGUUCCCCAAGUUGGAUGGGAAGAGUGAGAAGACGUGAGCCGCGUCCGUGACAGACUGUCGAGUGCGAAGAGACGGAGACAGGAAAAGCCAAUAGGGGGCCAUGUCUGGUGGGAACAGUGCUAACAACAGCUGGACCGUCCUCACUCCCGUGGAGACUGUUGCUGAAACCCUGAGGCCUCUGGCAGAGGGAACGGAGCACCAUGAAGAAAGCCUUACCUCUGCAGCAGUUGCCAUUCUUACCUCGUGUGUCUGUGAUGAGCCAGACUCUGGAGCAAGCCAGCCUGCAGGGGGCGAAGCGUCUACAGAGGGGUCCCCUGUGGUGGAACGGCUGGUAUCAGAAGAAAAAACAGACAAGCUAAUUGGAGACACAAGCACAGAGCAAGACACCUCCGUGCCACCUGCCAUCACUGAUGCCCCCGUUCUCACUUCUUUGGAAGUUCCCGGCAGCUCUGUUUCAGGUGAUGAUGCCCUCGACCACUCGGGGGACCUGCCCGAGGGCCCGGCAAUGUCCAGCCCUGACCCUGAUUCAUUCUCAGACUCCUACACCCACAUAUUCCCCUCCCGUGAUGAGCCCCCAGCCUCGCUGCUGAGAACAGAGACUCUGGGAGGGGGGGAGUUUAGAGGAGAAGAAAUUGGGCUCGCACAGGAAGAAACACUACGUCAGCUUAAUGGGGAAGAGCUACAACCGGAAGAGGAUGAGUCACACCUGUCUCCAAGAGCGACUGACCUAGGGAAACAGGCAGACUCCCGUGUGGAUCCAGAGGUGGGUGAGGAGAGGACGGGAGAAGAGGGAGAGCCAGAGGUGAGGAGGAGGAGGUCUCUCUUAGCAGCUCUGGAACGGAUCGGGAGGACAGAGGUGGAAGAGGAAGAAGAGGAGAGGGAGGAAGUGUUCCAGGUGCCACAGCGAGAAGAGUACAGUGGGUUCUCUGUGAACAAGUGCAUCCUCGGUGCUGUGAUUCUGUUGGGCCUCGGCACCAUCUUCUUCUCCGGUGUCCUCAUGGACCUGGAUGAGGAGAGUGACUAUGGGACAAGGGAGCUGAAAGAUUCAGAUGUUCCAGGAAAACAGGAGUGGCUUAAUCCAGAGGUUCCUCCUCCCACGGUAGAUGCUGACAGUACAGAGCUUCUAAAUAAGUUGGCCAAAGGGAACCAGCAGAUUUCUGUACUACAAGCCCAACUUCAGACACAGAAAGAAGAGGUAACAGUGUCUGUGGGACAGGCAGCAGAGGGAGCAAAGGAGCGGCUGCGGUGGGGUGAGGUGGAGAAGGAAAACAGUAGGUUGAAGACAGAGAUGGCAUCUCUCCUUGUUCUUCAGAAAGAAAAUGAGAGGAUGAAGAGAGAGCUGGAGUCUGUCCCGGCCCUACAGAAAGAACUAGAAACGCUGAGAUCGACUGUGACCGAAUUAAAACGCUCCUCAGCAGCCAGUGAAGCAGCUCAAGCACCUAUGAAGUCCACAACAUUGCCCCCCAGUGGUCAGCCUGAGGACAGCAGUCAGGACACAACUACAGCGAGACAGGCCGGGAAACCAUGGAAUGACCAGAAAGAGAAGAUGACAGAUUGGAAGAAAGAGAAAUAUGACAAUGGUGAAAAGAAGGAGUGGAAAGAGAGGGAAAAAGCUGAGUGGAAGGAAGGACAGAAAAAGGAGCGCAAAGAUGGAAAGCAUGAGCAAGGAAAGUCUGACAAGGUGAAAGAUAAGGAAGGUAAGCAGAAGAGGCACAGUGAUGAAACAAAACAAUGGAAGGGAAAAGAGUGGAAGAAAGAAAAGGUGAACAGAGGUGAAGAAGGAAAGCCAUGGAAGGCCAGGGAAGGGAAAGAGGAAUGGGUAGAAAAGAGUGAGAAAAAAGAUCGUAAGGAAGUGAAAGACGGGAAAAAGGCAAAGCAUGAUAAAGUGAAGGAGGGUAAACAAGAGAAGAUGGAUUGGAAGAGAGGGAAAGAUGUUGGAGAGAAGCACAAGGGCAAGGAAGAAUGGAAGGGAGAGAAGGAGUGGAAGAAAGUGAAAGAUGGCUUCAAGGAAAGUGGCAAAGAGAAAUGGGAGAUGAAAGAUUGGAAAGAGAAAGGAGAGAAGAAAGAGUGGAAGAAAGAUGGUGAGUGGAGGGGUAAAAAUGGAAAAGAUGCGGGUAAAGAAAGGAAAGGAAAAGAGGAAAGGAAACAGUGGGAUGAGAGUGAAAAUGAAAGCAAGAAUCACAGUAAAGAAAGGAAAGGGAAGGAUGAAAGGAAACAGAAAGAAAAGGAGGGGAAGAGUAAAAAUGAUAGAGAUGAUAAGGAAUGGAAGGAAAAGGAUGAGAGGAAGCCGUGGGAAAGGAAAGAUGAAGACUGGAAGAAGGGACAGAAAGAGAAUAAUGAAGACCGGAAACAGGACAGAUCUCAAAAACAUAAAGAUGAGUACAAAAUGUCUGGUAAUCACCAUGACGAGCAUGUGUGGGGAGACGGGAAGGCCCCUCACACACACCACCGACCCUCCCUGGAACAGCCCGAGUACUGGGUCCAGCAGAGAGACCGGCUCCGGCACAACCCCAACGCACAACAGGACUGUAACUCAUUGGAGACCUGCGCUCAGGCUGAGGGGCUGCUUCCCGUCCCCCUCCCCGAGUUUGAGGCUGUCCUCCAAACGUACCUAACCAAGGCGGAGGAGGCAGGAGUGGAUGCCUCCAAAAGAGAGGAGCUGAAGAAGCUGGCUGCGGAGUUCUUCAAGGACGGAGUCUUUGUUCAUGACCAGAUGAGCUUUCAGGAUUUUGUGGAGGACGUGAGCGACAUUCUGGAAGACAUGGUGGAAGGGGACGAGAAUGGGGAUGAGAUGGAUAGCGACAUAGAGGAAGAAAUGGAAGAGUUUGAACGAGAAGUCAUGAAAAAGUUUUCAACGCCUGCAGCUGGAGAGAAAGAGGAGGGGAUCCGAGGGGAGCGGAGGAAGGAGAGCGGGCGAGGACGUGGCUGAAGUGGGGAAAAAAAGUAGCAGAGAGAAAUAGUGACAGAUGAGGUUAUUCAAAGGGAACACUUGUUAUUGGACCACAAAUGCUUACAAGAAUACAUUUAUCAUCCUGUCAUUCUUUUUUUGUUUUUGUUUUACCACUUCUGUCUUUUGUUCCCGGCUGGUGAUUCAACUUUCAAUUAAAUUUUAGUGUUUUCGAGGAAGCUUUGUAUUUCACCUGCACAUGCACACGUCAUUGUAGACCGCUGGAGUGAAGGAAGAGGGUGGACACUAAGAAUGAAUAAUGCAUAUAAUACCACAUCUUUCUGUCUGUAGAAAACUAUGUGACGCCCCCACAAUAAUUUAUUUUUUAACAUCACUGAGUGAUACUUGUGUUGAAUAUCUACAGCUGUAAAAGUCUGUUCUGUAGACAAGGUUGAACCUGUUGGAUUGAGUCAAAGUCACCUGACCACCGAUCAGGCCUGUGCCUACAGAAUGUCAUCUUUAUUUAGUAGAUACUUAUCUUAAGUUUUUUUUUUUUUUUUUUUAAAGAGUGGUGCGAAAAUUUGAGAAGUUGCAUUGCGUUUUGUUUUGGAAGUUUGUACAUGUUGCACUUGUGUGCAUGUUAGAACUAUGCUAAAAAUGUGUGUGUGAUGAAAUGCAGAAAUAAGUUAAUUUAUUUUAAUUGAAGCUGGCAUGAUAUAGCUAAAACAAAACAAUUGGUGGGCACCUAAAAUAUUGACAUGUUGAGCAUGUAUGUUUCUUUUCAGGUACUGAACUUGUGUUGUGCACUAAGAUGUUCUUAAUUAUUGUUUUCUUAUGAAUGUAACAUUUGUUCUCGUUGAUUAUUUUGACAGUUAUUGUUUUUAAGAAAUAGCACUGAUAGCAAAUCAAAGAUGACUUUGUAUGUUGGAUUGUUCAUAUUUGCCCAUAUGAUUGUUAUAAAAGCAGAAUAAUAAAUUUGUUGCAGCCAUCUGAUGAUAAA